AAAUAUAAAAAUAAAACUUGUACAUCGACAUCAAGUAGGUGCGGGCGAGGCAGACCCACACCGGUAGCAGACAGCAACGAGCGCUCACCUGGGAAGGAAGGGAAGCACAGAGCACCGCUAAAUUCCUCAAACAUAAUAACUUUGACUAAACACACAACCACGAUGACUAGUAACAAUGGCUACCUGAAAAAUGAUGAGACCUUCUCCACGCGAGCCAUCCACGAGGGGAAUGAGCCGGAGCAGUGGAACAGUCUGGCCGUGGUGCCGCCCAUCUCCAUGGCCACCACCUUCAAGCAGGAUGGCCCAGCAGAGUUCAAGUUCUUUGAGUACGGGCGCUCAGGGAACCCAACCAGGGGCUGCCUUGAGAAGUGCCUGGCCUCCAUAGAGAAUGGCAAGCAUGGACUUGCAUUUGCCUCUGGUCUGGCCGCCACCACCACCAUCACCCACCUGCUGUCUGCCGGCGACCACAUCGUGUCCAUGGACGACCUCUAUGGUGGCACCAACAGAUACUUCCGCACUGUUGCCUCUCGGAUGGGCGUGCAGAUAGACUUCAUUGAUGCCACAGACACCAAGAAGGUUGAGGCUGCCAUGAAACCCAACACUAAGAUGGUCUGGAUUGAGACGCCCACCAACCCCACCUUGAAGAUCGUGGACAUUGCAGCGGUGGUGGCCAUCGUGAAGAAGAAGAGCGACUGUUUCCUGGUGGUGGACAAUACUUUCAUGUCUCCUUACUUUCAGCGCCCCCUUGACCUUGGCGCCGACCUGGUCAUGUCCUCCGUCACCAAGUAUAUCAACGGACACACGGAUGUCAUCAUGGGCUGCAUCUGCACCAAGAGAGAUGACCUGCAUGAGAGACUGCGCUUCCUGCAAAACGCGAUAGGUCCCGUCCCGUCCCCCUUCGACUGCUACCUGGUGAACCGCUCAAUCAAGACCCUGGCCUUGAGGAUGGAGAAGCACAUGCAGAAUGGCUUAGCUGUGGCAAGAUUCCUCGAGAACCACCCCUGUGUGGAGAAAGUGAUCCACCCUGGCCUCCCCUCUCACCCACAGUAUGAGCUCUCCAAACGACAAUGCCAUGGUCACUCUGGCAUGCUGAGUUUCUACAUCAAAGGCAACAACCUUGAGGUCUCCAAGAAGUUUUUCCAGAAGCUCAAGGUCUUCACACUAGCUGAGAGCUUGGGAGGGUAUGAGAGUCUCUGUGAACUGCCUUCGGUGAUGACCCACGCUUCAGUGCCCAAGGAGACACGGGACAAACUGGGCAUCACGGACGGCCUGAUCCGAGUGUCCUGUGGUCUGGAGGGUGCUGACGACCUCAUCAAGGACCUCGACCAGGCACUCAGAGCUGUGGUCUCUGUGUAGCCUCCCAGGUGUGAAGGUGUACCAGCAAGAGGUGUGGUGUGAUGCUAGUGUGUUCCGUGUGUUGCGUGCUCUUGCAAUCUGCACUGAGGCCUGGAGGAAGGUUGCGGUGGUGCUGUACUGUGCUUAGCUAAACCAAUGCACCACCUGUCUGUCUGUCUGUCUGCCUGAUGGUGCAAGUGUUUGGAAGUGUACUUAUCUGUAUGCUUUUGAUUACUUCAGUAUUUCACUUUAUUCAGCUUACACAUGGAAUUAUUUAUUGACUGAAGAGGAAGCUAAUGGUGGUGCUGUAAUGCUCAAGCCAAAUCAAUGCACCUAUAUAUCUGUCUAAGUGGUUCAAAAUAAUACAUAUUUUAAUCAGUUAUAUUCAGGAUUUCAAGUUAUUUAACUUAUGAAGUUAUUGAGUGAACACUGAAUGCUGCCAUGAUGUACUGUGGUGGUCAAGCCAAACCAAGCCACCUGCAGUCUGCCUGUGCAAUUGUCUGAAUGUACUAUUAUGUAUUCUUUUAAUGAAUUAUAUUCUGUAUUUCAAUCUAUUUAGCUCCUGAAGUUAUAUAUUGAGUGAACACUGAUGCUGUGGUGGUGCAAUGUUCAAUCCAAACAAAGGCACCUUCUUUCUGUCAGUCAAGUCUUUGAAAGUACUAAUAUGUAUGUUAAUUAAUUCACUAUUUCAGUUUAUUCAUCUCUCACAUGAAGCUGUGAACUGAAUUGUAUAUAUUGCCUAGAUACCCUCUUAGGCUUGUAUUCCAUGUAUUUCUAUAUAUAUAUAUAUAUAUAUAUAUAUAUAUAUAUAUAUAUAUAUAUAUAUAUAUAUAUAUAUAUAUAUAUAUAUAUAUAUAUAUAUAUAUAUUUUUUUUUUUUUUUUUUUUUUUUUUUCAUUUAUUUUUUCUCCAGAUAUCCUGUAUGAUUUUGCAAAUCUGAUGUUUAAUUUCAAGGUGAGAUUAAUCAGUGGGAAAAACAAGGCACUGAAUAUUUUGCCUUGUACCUCAGUACAGUAGAUCUGGUUUUUGUUGGUGCUUACAGUAUGAUGUCAAUACAUAAAGGUACUGUACUAUGCAACAUUACUGUAGUGCAAACACACACAUGAAUAUAAAUGCAAAAAUAGGAUUCAUAUACUGUAACUAUAUAUAUAUAUAUAUACACACACACACACACACACACACACACACACACACACACACACACACACACACACACACACACACACACACAUAUGCAGAGACCAGGCCACAGUAUGAGACAAGAUAAAGCACACACAGUUAAUACAAGGCCACUAUAUUUUUACAUGGAGAAUGGUACCUUUUGGAUAACCUGAAAGGAGACAAUAUUGAUGCCACCUUUGCCUCUA